UAUCAUGACUUCAAAGUUGAAGAUUUAGUCCUCAUCGCAUACUCUGAUAUCGCUGCAUCAAGAUUUGUAAAAUUUGAAGAAAAAUUUAAAGGCCCUUAUUAUAUUUAUAAAAAAUUAAGAAAUAGUGUUUAUAAACUACAAACUAGAGAGUAUAGCAAAGUUUUUAAGGCAUAUUUUAAUA